AUGGUUGUUGUGCCUGCCUUGGGCGCCGCCGCCGUUUCGGUGGGCGGUUUGUUGUUUAAAGCAAGUGCCGCCUCCAAAGCGGCUGCCACAGCGGGCGUGGCAGCUGUGGGCGCCUCCAAGCUGGGUCUGGCAAUUGCCACAGCGAUCAAACUAACAACAGCUGUCGUCGGCGUUGGCAAAUUGACAAUAAUACCAUUUCUGAUCGCCGCUAUAGCCUAUUACAAUUACGAUCUAUUCGAUCCAGAGAAUCGACCUUUUAAUGUCAAACAGGUGGAUUUGGCCUAUGAUUUCAUUAUCAUUGGCGGCGGGUCAGCGGGCACGGUGCUUGCCUCCCGCCUCUCAGAGGUGCCACAUUGGAAGGUGCUGCUGCUGGAGGCGGGCGGACAUGAAACGGAAAUAUCGGAUGUACCGCUAUUAUCACUCUAUUUACACAAAAGCAAAAUGGACUGGAAGUAUCGCACACAACCUCAGUCCACCGCCUGCCAGGCCAUGAAGGACAAGCGCUGUUGUUGGACACGUGGCAAGGUCAUCGGUGGCAGCUCCGUUCUUAACACAAUGCUUUACAUACGCGGCAAUCGACGCGAUUUUGAUCAGUGGGCGCAAUUUGGUAAUCCCGGCUGGUCUUUCGAGGAGAUUCUACCCUAUUUUCGCAAAUCGGAGGAUCAACGUAAUCCCUAUUUGGCGCGCAACAAACGCUAUCAUGGCACUGGUGGCCUUUGGACUGUUCAGGAUGCGCCCUACAACACGCCCAUUGGACCGGCGUUCCUACAGGCUGGCGAGGAAAUGGGCUACGACAUUGUCGACGUGAAUGGAGAACAACAAACAGGCUUCGGUUUCUAUCAGUUCAACAUGCGUCGCGGUUCACGUAGCUCCACAGCAAAAUCCUUUUUGCGUCCAGCACGAUUGCGUUCCAAUUUGCAUGUGGCACUUUUCUCGCACGUGACAAAGGUGCUGACGGAUCCGAUAACGAAACGUGCAACAGGAGUGCAAUUCAUUCGGGAUGGACACCUACAAAAUGUGUAUGCCACACGUGAGGUUAUACUUGCAGCUGGAGCAAUUGGUACGCCACAUCUAAUGAUGCUGUCGGGGAUUGGACACGGCGAGGAACUGGGCCGAGUGGGAAUACCGUUGGUACAGCAUUUGCCGGGUGUCGGACAGAAUCUGCAGGAUCACAUUGCCGUGGGCGGUAUUGCAUUUCUAAUCGAUUAUCCCAUAUCGAUUGUAAUGAAGCGAAUGGUUAAUAUAAAUACAGCUCUGCGUUAUGCCAUCACUGAGGAUGGACCUUUGACCUCCAGCAUUGGCCUCGAGGCGGUCGCAUUUAUCAAUACCAAAUAUGCCAAUUCUAGCGAUGAUUGGCCGGAUAUGAAUUUUAUGAUGACAUCCGCAUCGGUUAUGUCCGAUGGCGGUACCCAGGUGAAGACAGCUCAUGGCCUUACCGAUGAGUUCUACCAGGAGGUGUUUGGUGAGGUUACCAAUCGUGAUGUGUUCGGUGUCUUUCCGAUGAUGCUGCGACCCAAAAGUCGGGGCUACAUUAAGCUGGCAUCAAAGAAUCCCCUGCGUUAUCCCCUGCUCUAUCACAACUAUCUGACGCAUCCCGAUGAUGUCAAUGUAUUGCGAGAGGGCGUCAAGGCGGCUGUGGCCAUGGGAGAAACGCAGGCAAUGAAACGUUUUGGAGCACGCUUCUGGAGCAAACCAUUGCCGAAUUGCAAACAUCUCACACUGUUCACCGACGAGUAUUGGAAUUGUUUUAUCAGACAGUAUACAAUGACAAUUUAUCAUAUGAGCGGUACGGCCAAAAUGGGACCACCCAGCGAUCCCUGGGCUGUGGUGGAUCCUCAGCUGAGGGUCUACGGUGUGCCCGGACUGCGUGUCAUCGAUGCGAGCAUUAUGCCAGCCAUUACCAAUGGCAACAUACACGCUCCAGUCGUCAUGAUUGCCGAAAAGGGUGCCGAUCUCAUCAAGCAACUGUGGCUAACGCCCAGCACUGGGACGGCGAGUCAUCAAUAUCGCAGCAAACGUUCGAUGAACUUUGCCGGAAAUGAGACUGUGACGGAAGCAGUGCAUCAAUGGCCAUUGCCAAGGUCGUAGCGGGGAUCAAACCGGGACAUUGCUUUAAAUGACAACCAAUGACACUAGCUGCAAGUGAGACUUGAGCUUUAGAUUAAUCUUGCGUCACCUUUUACAAUAUUAUAAUAGAAAAAUUUACAUACAUUUAGUCGAGACUUGAGCUUUAAGUGAGCUUUUUUGUGAACAGUCAAUGCGAAACAGCUCCCUAAAAACU